AUGACCCUCCUCGACUUCUUCCGCAGCAUUCUGCGGCAUUUGGCUGCGAUGCUCCUCUUUCCCUCCACCCUCAAGACCAUGGCAGUGUCACCAAAGUCUUCAUCGACCAAAGUCACGGUGGUCGAGACCAGGGCCGAACCAUACACCCUCGACUCUUUAAAGGACGAGAUCAUGCGCCUAUUCAGACAACCAUGCACGAUGCGACGAAUGCUGUCCAUGUCGUCUGCUCUGCGCAUCCAAUACAAGGCGAAAUUGCAAGACAGCGAAGCCUGCAUGCUACCCUCCUUCUGCCACACCUUACCGACCGGUCAAGAGAAGGGGACGUAUGUGGCCCUGGAUGUGGGUGGUUCUACGUUUCGGGUGGCUAUGGUCGAGCUAUGUGGAAGAGGCGGGCAGCAGUCUCCCAUGACUGUCAAGCAUAUGAGCGCUUUCAAAAUUGACGAACCGAUACGAAGGCUGCCUUCCACACAAUUCUUUGAUUGGAUUGCUGGUAGGAUUCGAGACAUUCUACAAGCACACCCAGGAGAUUGGUCGCCCGUUGAACCUGUGUCACUAGGCCUGGCAUGGAGCUUCCCCAUUGAACAAACAAGUCACCGAAGUGGAAAGAUGCAGGGUAUGGGCAAGGGGUUCGCCUGUCACGAAGACACCAUUGGUAUGGAUCUGGCGGGAUUGAUCGAGUCCGCAUGCUCCCGCCAGCAAGUCAAUGUCCAUGUCAAUGCAAUCAUCAACGAUUCUUCCGCCACGCUACUUUCUCAGGCUUACAUCGAGCCUGCCACUUCGAUGGGGUUGAUUCUUGGUACCGGCACGAACGCGGCGGCAUUCCUUCCUGUGGCGUGUAUGGGAAGAUCCAAAUUCGGAGUACGAGAUUCGGCGUGGUUUCAAAAGGCAGACAAGGUCAUCACCAACACCGAAAUAUCCAUGUUUGGGAAGUCGAUACUUCCCGAGACUCGAUGGGAUGAAGUAUUGAACCAACAACAUCAGCACCCUGAUUUUCAACCUUUGGAAUACAUGACCACCGGUCGCUAUCUCGGUGAGCUUCUCAGAUUAAUCAUCCUCGAGGCCGUUAAAACAGGUGAACUGUUUGAUGGUACCGUACCUCGUACUUUGAAUGAGCCGUACUCCCUGGACACCGAGAUACUGGCCAGGCUUGAAAUGGAUAAGUCAGAGGACGCAGAAGAUUCUAUCCGGGCCAUUCAAAAGGCUCUGGAGUUGUUGAGUCCUCCAACUACCAAAGAAGUUGCAUUCUUGCGAGCUGCCGCGGAGUCAAUCUCAUACCGCGCGUCUGCAUACAUAUCUGUGGCAGUUCACGCGUUGUGGGCCUUGCAGAAGGAUGCAGAUAUCAAGCCCAAAUCAGCAUCAGGCGUUCCGAGAACCUCGAUUGCGUGUAAUGGGAGUGUUAUCCUCAAAUACCCAGGGUUUAAGGGUAGGUGUGAAGACUUUCUCCGAGGGAUGCUGUCAGAAGAAGGGCGGGGGUCUGUCGCCGAAGAGAUUGUACUCCGGGCAACGGAUGAAGCAGCAAUAUUUGGGGCCGCCGUAGCUGUCGCAUUAGCCGAUGUCCCUUGA